AUGUCUUCGAUUAUCUCCACACGCGAUCUCCCUCAGUCCCUCCUGUCUGCGGCUCGAUUGGUCGGAUACACUCCACACUUGGCCAGCACUUACGAUGCCCGGGUCUCGUAUGCUCUCUAUAUCCCCCCAAGUCACUAUACGAAUGAUGCGUCUCUGCCCGUGGUCGUCGCCGUCCAUGGGACAACUCGCCAGACAACGCCAUUACUGUCAGCUUUCCAGGAAGUGGCGGAUACUUGCCGCUGUGCCAUCCUAGCCCCGCUCUUUCCGGCCGGUCUCAACGGACCGAACGACUGGGACAAUUACCGAGUGCUACGACCAUCGAAACAGGAUGCGUGGCUGGGAGACACACAAGCCGACACGGCGCUCCUAAAUAUUCUAGACACGGAUGUGCCAGCACGUUGGCCUGGCUUAGAUACUGGUAAGGUGGUGCUGGCAGGCUUCAGCGGGGGUGCGUCCAUGGUGCAACGCUUCUGUCUCCUGUAUAGCGAGCGUGUGAUAGCAGCAAGCAUCGCCGCGCCUGGCUCAACAACGAAGCUAAGAACGAGCCAAGAGUGGCCAGAGGGAACCGCAGACAUGGCAGACAUCUUCGACGGGCGUGCAACCGGGGAUCUUACCAGCAUUGCCGCUUGGCAGCUUGUGGUCGGCAGUGAUGACACGGCUCUAGAAGGUAGCCUGGAGAGCAUCGUGGCAGCUGCGCAAGGAUGGCAAGAGCGCAAGGACGAGGUCGACUGGGAGCAACUUUUAAGAAGCCGCAUGGUGAGCAGGAGGGAGUUGCUGGAAACGUUUGCGGAUGACCUUGCGAAGGAAGGCGUCAAAAAGCCGUCCGUUGAGAUAGUGCCAGGCGGCAAGCAUGCGUUGAAGGACGUGGCCCCGGCGAUGGCGCAGUUCCUCAAAGAUGUCAUUGGGGAUAUAGCAAGAUAA